AAAGGAUUCACAUUAUUUUAAAAUUAUUUUGCAAAGAUCAAAAAUGAAGCAGCUCGAGAGGAUUCUUUCUUAUAUUAAUCCAUUUUUCUUUUACUAUUCUGUCAUUUAUGGAAUCAGCAAAGUUUAUGAAACAUCUUUUCAUACUGAAAGUGUUUGGCAAAUGUGUUGGGAUAGAACUAGAGAAACUUUUGGUGAUGAUAAACGAACUUAUAUUAUAUGGGGUUUAAAUGCUUACACAACGAUUCUUUAUUGGACAUUGGGAUUCAUAAUAAUUAUAAUGGAAAGAAUGAAAAGGCCAAAAGUUCUUGAUAACUACAAAAUACAAGCGAAUACGAAUGAAACAGAAAAUAAUGAAAAAUUGAUUAAGGUCGUUAGAGUUGUAUUUCGUAAUCAAGGAGUUGCUCUUAUUAUAUCCAUGGUUGCUUACAAACUUGAUAACAAUUUUCUUGGUAUAUCAAUUUCUCCGGAACUUCCAACUUUCUUCAUUACAAUGCGAGAUCUUUUAAUCUGCUUCUUUUCUCAAGAAAUAUUCUUUUAUUAUUCACAUCGAAUGCUUCAUUACAAAAGAUUUUAUUGGCUACAUAAACAGCACCAUGAGUUUAUUGCCCCAAUUGCCAUUGCAGCUGAAUAUUGUGGAGUAGUUGAACACAUUUUAAGUAACUUACUGCCGGUAGUUAUUGGCUUUAAAUUUGUGAACGCUCAUGUGACAACUGCUGUUUUAUGGCUUACAAUUGUGAUUGUAACAACAUUAAGUGACCAUUCAGGAUAUCAUCUUCCAUUUAUGCAUAGCUCUCGAUUGCAUGAUUAUCAUCACCUAAAGUUUAAUGUUAAUUAUUCCGUCUACGGAUUUCUGGACAAAUUACAUGGAACUUAUGGACACUUUGAGACAUCAAAAAGCUACAAAAAUCAUCGAACUUUAUUUUCUUUGUCGCCUUUAAAGGAUGACUAAAUAAUAUUUUACGUAAGACUGAUUAAAUUGUUGAUUAAAAAUAAGUCAUGUUAAUGUCAUCAGGCCAAU